AUAAAUCAUUAGCAAUGACGUCAGUGCAUGCCAUAGUUUGUAAGCCGUGUUACUAUAAGGCCUACGCUUGAACAUUUAUAUUUGGUUUUUAUACAGUUUGAAAUUGGAUUAUGGCUGAAAACAUACCUAAUCUUGGUCACAGCAGGUUACUGCGGUUUCUAUACAUAGGGUCAGAAACAAAUUGUUAUAUUCCAGGUGAUAGAAAAUUAACAUUGGAAAAUAUACACUGCAUUGAUUCCAGUAGUCAAGAGGCAGCAGUAAAAGAAAUCAUAAGAGUAGCAAAAGAAGGCUCAUCGGUGUAUCCUGAUGCACUGCCUUUUGCUCUUGCUGUUUGUUCACAAUCCCAGAAUAUGAAAGUUAAACAAGCAGCCUAUUCAGCAUUGAAAGAAGCAUGUCCAACUGCAUCAGAGUUAUUCAGUUUUGUUCAUUUUGCCGAAGAGGUGAGCAAGCCAACCACAGGUUGGGGAAGAAGUCGCCGAACUGCUGUGGCUAACUGGUACAAAACAGAUCCCAAGAGAUUGGCAGCUUUGAUAACUAGAGUUAUGUCUCAUCGUGGUUGGAGCCAUAAAGAUUUGUUUCGACUGGUACAUUUAAAGACUGAAAAUAAAGGUUUGGCUGCCCUAUACAAAUAUAUUACUCACGGAUAUGAAGCUGCUGAAAAAGAGUUUGGUGUAGCUGAUGCCUCGCCACAAGUCAAGGAUGUAUUGGAGUAUCUGAAGGCUGUUCAUGAGCUGAAGCACACUGCUGAUGAACAGAAGGCUGCUCGUUUAAUUGAGAUGCAUGAUCUAAAUUUUGAACACAUACCAACCCCAAUGCUUAAGUCCAAAGAGAUUUGGCUUUGCCUGAUUCAUAGACUUCCAGUCCAGGUUCUUUUGUCUCAGCUUCCUAGACUCCAUCGACUAGGUUUUCUCAAGCACAAAAGCCCUGUUCUGAAGCCCAUCUUGGAGAGGUUAAACAGUGACAGUACAAUGAAUGAUGGUCACCUUGGUCCAUUACAAACAUUCAUUAUUGCUAAGCAGUUAGAAACAUUGCAGAAGAACCCAGUGGACAAAACUGUUCUUCAAACCUAUUCUAAGCUUUCUCAACUGGAUGAUACCCUCCAGACAUUACACCUUGCUUCAUUCAAGAUGGUUCCUUCAACGGGUAAACGUUAUCUGGUGGCUGUUGAUGUAAGAAACUCUAUGGUCCAUGGGAAAAAAACUUUAGGGUGUCGAUACGUGUCACCUGCUGAUGCUGCAUGUCUUAUUUUGAUGGCAUUGUCUCGAGCUGAAAGUGGGAAAGUAACAGCCCUUGCUUUCUCUAAAGAUGGACUCAAAGACAUAGAGAUUAAUAACAAGAUGACUCACAAUGAUUUUUUCAGAAGAUUAAGAGAAACUCCAAUGGGUCCUGUCAAUGUAGCAGCUCCUCUACAGUGGGCACAAGAGAAGAAAAAAACAUUUGAUGUGAUUUUGGUUUGUACUGCAAAUCAGAUCCAAUCAGGAGAUGUUCAUCCUGCUGAUGCGUUCAAAGAGUACAGAUUGAACUUAAAAUUGCCACAGGCAAGGUUUAUUGUUUGUGCAUUUUCAAGCGGGGAGUUUUCUCUUGCCCCUCCUGAUGAACCGGGUAUGCUAGACAUUGCUGGUUUCAGUGAGAAAGUACUUCAAGUAAUUCAAGAUUUUGCCCGUGGUGUCUUCUAAAAUCAUGCUUUAAGGCUAAAAGCUGAUUACAGUGUGAAUUUUCAAGAAUACAACUGCUACAUGUACAAGAAAAGGAAGAAUAUUCUAAAUAAGUUCAACUGUCAGAAUCACCCAGUUUAGCUAUUAUAAAGCAGUUCCUUUUUUUUCCCUUUUAGUAAGUAUUACCAGCUAUGUUACAAACAUAAUUUUCAUUGUUUUGCAAAUACUUUUUUUUAUAGUUAAUCUUCCAACAUGGUUUCAUGUGUUUAAAAUGUGAAGACUGCAUGUUUCAUUUAGUAUCUUUGUUUUUUCCAGCUUGAAAUUGACUUUUAUACAUGUUGAUAGCAUUAUUACUAAUAUCACUGAGGUGAAUCUUUGGGUUUGUUGUUACUUAGUUUGUCACUGUACAAAAAAAGUCCUGGCAGUUGUGAUAUUUAUGGUGUGAAAAUAAAACAAAUUUACCUCAAUGCUUGAGUAUUAGGAGAUGCUGCAAAGUUUGCAACUGUUAGACUAGUAAUAUCCCAGAUGAAGAAGUUAACCAAACUGGAAAAAAGUGUUUGUGACUGUUAUAUCAAUGAUGCCUUUUGAGAAAGUUUUUUUUGUUUUUUGUGUAUGUUUGUGUACUUGUAAAUUUGUAAUAUUUUGUUUGCAGUUUUCUCUUACUUCGUAUCAUGAUAACCUCAUGUAUUACAGAAUGAAAUUUAGCAGUACCUACUGUAGUGUUUUUACGCAUACACACACAUUGUAGAGGUGGAUCUAAUGAUGUUUAUGUAAAGCUGUUAUACAUCUGGGUGUUAUGCUUUUCUAUACAAAAUAUGUACUUUUAAAUUUUUUGUGGUGAGUUCUUGCAUACUUUUUAUUCACAAAAACAAAAUCACUGUCAUGACAAAAUCACAUUCAUCAGGGGCCAUUUUCAGUGCAAGAUUUUGACUAGAAACUGUCAAGUUUGCUCUUUUUUUUAUCAUUUAAUUUUAUGAAUCAAAUUUACCAUGAUAACUCAAUGUACAUUUUCAGAAACUAAAUAUAGUUAGAUGUGUCUUAAAACUUCUCUUUCAUCAUGUGUUAUUAAGAUUGAUAUAACUCAAUAUUUUUCAUUAUUGUUAUAUGAAUUUAUUUGUCUAUCAAAAACAAUACCUCUCAUUGCAUUUAAUAGAAACAAUUAAUUGAAAAUUAUAGUUGACAAAAAUGGCUCAAUGCAUCAGUUUGUUUUUAGAUUGUUCGUCACAAUAAUUGAGCUAUUUAAUGUUGAUUCAGCAACUAGAUUGCAUUAUCAAGAGAGCUGUUAGCCAUAUUGAAGCAGUAAAUAAAAGUAUUGUUAGUAUUUUUUCCCCAAUAAGAGAAGGAAAAGUUAAAAUGUUUCAAAAAAAAGUAAUAAAAGUGUUACAGUAAUUCUGUAAAUCUUUUCUUAAAAACAUUUUUGUUUAAAGGUGUUUAAGUAGUAUCACUAUGAAAUGGAUAUUAAGUUGAUGACAUUUUUUGCUCUCUACAACAAUUUUGCAUUGAUUUUCCUGACCAUUGCCUAUUUUGUAGCACAUAUAUAUAAAAAUGGAGAUGGAGAAUCAUGUAAAACUGUUUGAUUAGUAGCACUAAAGUGGUGGAAUUAUUGUUUAGAGGUAGAUGAAUAUUAUGCCCUAGUAUACGUUUAAUAAUAAGUUGAAAAUGUGCCUGUGAACCAUUUCGUAUUGUUGAAGGGUCUACUGUGUAUUUACAACAAAUUAUGUUAACUUUACACAAUAAGAAAUAAUUUUAUAGUAUCCUGUAUUGUGAUUUAUUGUUUAUAUGCAGCAGUUACUGGGUGAGUAGGUUACUAUCGCUGCUAUUAGAAUAGUAUACAUAUAGAUUUUAUUGUUGGACUCUUCUCUAAUUGCUAUUUUCUGAACCACAAACUUGUACAUUUCCCCAAGGAAACUGCAUGGGGAAACUAAUGAUUACUGGGUGAGUAGGUUACUAUCGCUGCUAUUAGAAUAGUAUACAUAUAGAUUUUAUUGUUGGACUCUUCUCUAAUUGCUAUUUUCUGAACCACAAACUUGUACAUUUCCCCAAGGAUCUUCAUAAAGUACAAAUAUGAAAGAGCAGUUGGUCUAAAGUUUGUCUUGUUUAAUAGCAGUUUUGUGGUACUAUUAAAAGAAAAAUGCAUCUUUGUUUUAAAGUAUUUGACAAAAAUAUCUAAAAUUAAAAUCAAAACUUGCUGGUCUCUUUUUACUAUUAUUAUUAAAAGGUAUUUAUAAACAUUUAGAAUUUAUAAGGUUUGCAGAACGUUGGAUGAAGUCACUGAAAAUAUAAUCUAAAAGUGAAACAUUUUGAAAAGGUCCCCAAUACUAUUUUAAAACUCUUUCAAAAAAUAUUAAUUAAAUCCAGAAAGUAACAACCUUUAUCAGACUGUCUACAUGUGGAAAGAUGACACCUGAACACACAGUAAUGUAUCAAAAACUUUUAAUAUAGAAGAAAGUUAAAUAUAAUAUUGUAAACAAAUAACUAAGUGAAUUGAUUAUAGGUUUGUCUUCUACUGCCAACAGGUAAUUUAACAAGUUUUUUAAUCUAUAUGUAUAUAUGAGUGUAGAAUAUCAAGGAAAGUGUGAAACUUUAUAGAUAAAUCUAGGUUAAAGAAAUUUAAGUAAUUUUACCUGCAGUUUCCUUUUUGAAAAAAAAAAAAUUGCACUAACUUCAGGAAAUAUCUUAGUUUCACAUCACUUUUUUUAUUAUGUUAAUGAGAAUCAUUAUAAGAUUAAAAACCUUUAACACUCUGAGUACAGUAAUGUCACACCUUAAUGUACAUUUGGUUAGAAAUGAUUUAUUGAUUAUAAUAAAUUGGCUAUAUUGCUACAAU